GGCGGUUGGUUUUGGAUUUUGUAGCUAGCUGGAAUCAACUGAUCGAAAUCGUUACACGUAAUCCGCCAUUCCUCCGACCGUUGUCGCGAACAACCGUCGUUAUUGGAUGAAUUCGGCAUGGAGAAAGUAGCGGAGCCGUCUUGGACUUCUUCGUACACCUACCAGGUGAGCAAGCACAGUGCGGAGAUGCUACACAACCUCAACGUUCAGAGGAAAGAUGGAGGCAGGUUCUGCGAUGUGGUCUUACGCGUCGGCGAGGAGAGCUUCCCUGCCCACAAAGCUGUGUUAGCCGCCUGCAGCGAGUAUUUUGAGUCGGUCUUCAGCCGCCAGACGGAGGGCGACGCCAAGGAGCUGGAGAUGCACACGAUUAGCCCGAAAGUUUUUAAAGACAUCUUGGACUUCGCCUACACCUCCAGGAUCGUGGUGCGACUGGAGUGCUUCCCGGAGCUGAUGACAGCUGCCAAGUUUCUGCUGAUGCGGUCGGUCAUUGAAAUCUGUCAGGAGGUCAUCAAACAGUCCAACGUACAGAUCCUCGUCCCGACCUCUCGGGGAGGAGAAGCCAGCCUUUUCCAGGCCACUGGGGCCACGGAGCUGGGUUUCCCGGUGGCACCGCAGGAUCUGGUAAACGGAACGGGAAUGCUGGUGAACGGUCAGAGCUUUGCUAACAGUGCGCAAAUGCAUGUGGAUGGGAGUGAAGACGACGCCGCCGCCGUGUUGCUGGAGGACGGCGGCGAGUCUUCCGUGCCAAUGUUAGAACCCGUCGAAGGACUGUCGGUUUCCCCGUCGACGGAAAUAACGGGGAACACACUUCAUCACGACGCUGGCUCCCCGGGGUCAAAGAGGGGCAGGGGGAGACCAAAGAAAGCUGGUGCAGCAGUGGAGGCUGUACAUUUCAAUCACAGCCCCCAGAAAGACAAUGGGCUGUUUCCUUGCGGGACUUGCGGCAAAGCUUUUACAGAAGCUUCCCGCUUGAAGAACCACGAAGCGCAACACGGAGCCUCCACCGGCGGUGCAAACAACGUCGGUGACAGCCUGUCAACAGCCAGUGGUAUGUCUAUAAUGUCUCAUCCCGGUCUGGUGGAAAACGGCUUGCAGUUACACGGAGGGCUGACGCUGGACAACGGGCGCAAACGGGAGAGGACCAGGCGACACGUCGGCUGUGACAUAUGCGGGAAAGUUUUCCGCGACGUUUAUCACCUGAACCGACACAAGCUCUCCCAUUCCGGGGAGAAGCCGUACGCAUGCCAUGUGUGCGGGCUCCGGUUCAAACGCAAGGACAGGAUGUCAUACCAUGUGCGGUCCCAUGACGGGUCAGUUGGAAAACCAUAUGUGUGCCAAAGCUGUGGUAAAGGUUUUUCAAGGCCCGACCACCUGAAUGGACAUAUCAAACAAGUUCACACAACAGAGAGACCCCACAAGUGCCAGAUUUGUAAUGCCUCUUUUGCUACAAGAGAUCGCCUCCGGUCACAUCUUGCAUGCCAUGAGGACAAAAUUCCCUGCAAAGUUUGUGGAAAGUUCCUGCGCGCUGCCUACAUGACGGACCACCUCAAGAAACACAGUGAAGGAACACAUAACUACUGCGGCAUUUGCAACAAAGGUUUCUCCACUGCGUCCUACCUUAAGGUGCAUAUAAAGACACACCAUGGCUCUCCACUGCCCCCCUCUACCACAAUGCACACCUUCCCUGAGCCAAGGGGGGGAUUGCAGAUGCACAACGGCACCCCUUACCACAUGGGACGCCAGUGCUCAGUGGAAGACCUGUGCGCCACUCGCCAGCUGCUUCUCACCUCGUCUGAGGCAGAGGGUCGCUUUCAUGGGCUCUCUGGACACCCAGUUCUUCCCCAGCCUGGCCCUCCAGCCUUGGGCCCGCAGCCUGAGCUGCUCAUGGGGAAGCUAGGUGGGACUCCAUAUUUCUGGGAGUGUCGCCCUGGCGGGGUGCCUGGCUUCCCUGUCCAUGGGCCUGUCACAGACGGACAGGAAAACGCUGGGAAGUGCCCUCAUCUGGAAUCAGAAGAAUCAGAUCCUUCAUUUGGUGAAUUACCCAAUGGUGACGAGCUCAAAUCUCCACACAAACCUGAUAGGCCGGAGCUCGAGAUGCCCUCUUUAGCCUGUAACGGAGCCUCUGCGGGUGCAUUGGGUUCCCCAGAGGGAUCCAAAGCCAAGAUGGACCCUGAGAAGAAGUUUACCUGCGGGAUCUGUGGUCAGGCCUUCCGCACCAAGUCCUACCUCAACAAGCACCAGCACAGAGUUCACAAAGCCCAGAAGGCCCAGGGGGUUUCAGGGUCUGGUUUAAGUGAGCUGGCCCCGUCCCUGACCUCUCCCUUCUCCCCUCAACAAAAUAUGUCUCUGCUCGAGUCGUUUGGCUUUCAGAUUGUCCAGUCUGCUUUUGCCUCUUCUUUGGUAGAUGCUGAGGCAGGUCAAAGUGGACUCGACUUUGGAGGGAAGUGACAUAUUUGCUUUGUUGUAGUUGUAACAAAGCUUCUCGCUUGUUGGACAAAGCCGGGUUGCCCACAGAAGAUGCUCUGUAUUUGGGAAUAAUUUUGCCUCAAGACUACUUUUUCGGUUUGUUACGUCGCUUAAUGUGUAUUAAAUAUUUUUGUCAGAGACUGCCAUACGAUUCCUACUUUUUCUACUUUUUCAGAGUAUGGAAAAUGUGCGGUGUUUAAAUUUUCUUUGUAAAGAAACGACAUGAAGGUUUUAUUUCCUUUAUCUGACGUGGAUCCGUUGAAGUUAUGUUUGGUAGGCUUUCAGUUGUUUUUGGCUUCUGUGUUAUUCUUAGCUGCACAUAUGUUCUUGACAUGAGAUGAAUUAUUUACUGCAUUCUUAAAAUGAGAAAUUUGCUGUC